ACACUUCAAAAUUAAAUGCCAUAUAAUUACUCUUCAGGCCCAAUAAGAAUGACUUUUUGCGACUGUUGUAGCUUAUUGAAAGAACAGCUUUCUGAAUGAAGACGUUUCGAAACCGAAUAAUCUUGCCAAAGUUUUAGCGCAAUCCAGUCGCCCGCCUCCGCUCAUGCUUUCCAAAACAACACAAACGCCUGUAAGACAUCUGCAAAACAUUUGUGAAGUCCAAGAUAAGAGGUCGUCGCCCAAACGCUGCGCCAUUCAGCGGUGCUGCUCCAACUCCAAGCUGCAGCCUGACAUCAUCACAGCAUCUUUGAAGCAUUUCAUCAUGGAACAAACUCAAAGUCUCCGCUUGGUGUUUUGCCUUCUAUUGCUGAUCCAAUGCACACUCUCACAGACAACAGAAAAGAAGAGAAGCACAAAGAAAGACUCGACCAAUGCUGCAAUCGAGGAACUCAAGAAACAAAUUGAAGACAUUGUUAAUGACCUGAACUUACUGAAAGAGCAGCAAUCUCUGCAGUCAAUGUGUCUUCGUGGAACAAAGGUCCCAGGCAAGUGUUUACUCGCCGAUCCGGUCAAGAAGAAUUUCCACGCAGCUAGUGACGACUGCGUCGCCAAAGGGGGCAGCCUGAGUACACCCCUGACAGGCCAUGAAAAUGACCAGCUUUACGCCUACGUGCGGCAGAGCAUCAGCCCGGAGGAGUCCAUCUGGCUGGGGAUCAAUGACAUGGUGACUGAAGGCCAGUGGUUGGACCAAUCGGGGUCCAGCUUGCGCUUCAAGAACUGGGAGACCGAGAUCACCAUGCAGCCGGACGGCGGGCGCAGCCAGAACUGCGGCGUGUUGGCCACCACGGCCAACGGGAAAUGGUUUGAUGAGAGUUGCCGAGGUGAGAAGGCUUCCGUGUGUGAGUUUAACAUUGUGUGAGCAGAAUUGCCUUUAUUUGAGUAUAACCAUCAUCAUAUAAUGUUUCAAAAUAAUGCACUAACCACUUCCUCAUUUACAACAAUAGUCACAAAAUCGUUUUCAUUUUACUAUGUAGAAUUUUCACUGCAUUUAUUAUCAAAGCAGAAAACACAAGGAAUAAUUUUCUGGCAGAUUUCGUGGUAAACACCGUUGGAUUUCUAUCCUUAAAACAUCAGCUAAUCAACCAAAAUAAACAUACAACAACAAACUUCUCCAUGUCAUUUCUGUGCACUGCUCGGGAUAAAAAUUCAGCAUCAAACGAAAUAUUUUCGUCUCCACAGCAGUCAUGGAAAAGAUAAGACCAACAAGCAUUUCUUGAGGAAUUGAACUCAACACUGCUUUGGCCUGUGAGCUCAGAAAAGUGAAACAUUCGAGUAGGAAGAGAUUUGUUUGGAAAACACAAACCACAAAAACAAAUGAGAAGCGGUGAAUACAGUACUUGUAAACUGUGAGCUGGUUGCAGAGUGAGUGUGUGUGUGUGUGUGUGUGUGUGUGUGUGUGUGUGUGUGUGUGUGUGUGUGUGUGUGUGUGUGUGUGUGUGUGUGUGUGAACUAUCAAACAUCUGCUUGGGGCUAUAUUUUCUGUUACACAUCACGGAGUCUAAAUUCUGAGUCACAAAAGCAGAUGAAGAGGUACAAAGGGAUUGCGUAAACUUUUCCACCAUCCAAAUGACCUCACAAUUAUUCAGGCCUAUGUCAGAUUAUGAAAUUAAUUUCUUCAGACAUCUUCAAACAUUGUCAGACAUUUGGGAUUAUAGUAAAGUGAGUUUCAGGCAUUACUUUGGGAUAUAAAAAUCGUGUUGGGGGUACACAGUGCACGUAUUAGUCCAAGCCAAGUUAAAGUUUGUGUAAAUGUCUUUAAUUCUAAAAGAUGAGAAGAAACUCACAUAAAAGUUGACUGUAAAAUGUUACGACCGCACGUCUUGAGUGUUUAAAAGUGUGUUAUCUGUCUUUCACCCAAAAUCAGCUUGUGAGUUUUAAAGGAAUGUGUUCCAUUUCUCUUAAGUAAGCGGUGAUUCAGUUCUCAUUUCACAAGAGAAGCACUGCCACUCAAGAUAAAAGCAGGCAGCAGCAGCAGUCAAGUCUGAGCACGUCUAGUUUGUGAAUUUGGUGCAAAAACCCAUGCGGGAAAAACAAGGUCUCUAGCAAUCCAAGAAUGAAGAUCACCAAGUUAAAUAAAAAAAAAGUCAAGUGGAAAUCCCGCAUCCUAUCAGUUGCCUCCCUCCGGAUCCAGCCGUGCCUCCAUCGUAGCCGAGGUGGGCUGUGCGUCGUAAAUCACAUUGUCCACCAGCGUGUGGCCGUGGCUGGGGGGCCUGUUGGGAAGUGGGGGUCCCUGCUGCGGAUACUCUUGGUAAACCCCCGUCUCAAUGUUGUUUUCGUCUUUAGAUAGUGGAGAGUCUGUUGUCUCCGUGUAGGGGUCUUCCAUGUCCGACGCUGUGUAGAUUCCCAUCUCUGCGCCUUUUUUCAGCAGGUGGGUGUAGACAAGCGUGUCCUCAAUGGAGGCGUACACAUGGGACUCGUUGUCUUCACGGCUUUUAGGGAAGGCGUUGUUUCCCGGCAGGAAGAUGGUGCCGUUGGGAUUGUAGAUGGACACCUGAUGAUUGAUCUUCUUUUUCUUCUUCCUAUUUGAACUGCCAUGGUGGAGUAAACUGUUUUGAUGGGCAAUUGCAUUCAAAAGUAAUUUCAAUUAGACAUGUUAAGGUAGAAGCUCUCGGUGACGGUGACCUCCUCGGCCUCCUCGUCCUCCCUUCGGCUAUACUCCUCCUCCAGACUGUCGAACGUCUGCACCCGAAUGUUGGUAUGGCGGUUGGCACACUUGGGCUGGCUGAGGUUGACGAACUUCAAGUGCGCUUCCAUUUUAGGGGGUAGCGAGACGAUCCAGGAGACGGUGGCGUAGGACUCCAUCCCCGCCGGCCAACCGGGCGUCGCCAAAAGGAGACUCGUGUCUCUUUUUGGGGAUAAUGUGAAUAUGUACCUUUCUGGAUUGGACAGAAGAGACUUUCAAUACAUAUUUCCCAAUAUCAAAUGAAAAGGAUCACUUUCGGUGCUUAAAGCAUUUUAAUAUAUACCGUAUUUUCCGCACUAUAAGGCGCACCUAAAAACCUCCAAUUUUCUCAAAAGCCGACAUUGCGCCUUAUAAUCAGGUGCGCCUUUUAUGGACCAAUAUUGAGCCACUACAGCAGGCGUGUCCAAAGCCCGGCCCGCGGGCCAAAUGUAUAUAUCUUAUAUAUGGACAAAGUUUUAAAAUGGGCCAUUCAUUGAAGGUGCGCCUUAUAAUCCGGUGCGCCUUGUAGUGCGGAAAAUACGGUAGGUGGUAUUUAAUUAUUAAUGUACUACUUUUACUUUCACUACUUUUAAGUAGGAUUCAAAGAGUUACCUGUUAUCUCCUCUUUCAAACUAGCAGUCAACAAAGGCUUCACAGACGAUUUCAGUGUUUGGUUGCCUAUUUUUGUGAGGGUGACCGUUACGUUGGUGUGGAUUUGGACCUUCUGAAUGGCCCCCUGAGGACAGAAGUGGCCUACGGUCUUGCCAUCAUCCUCGGUCAAGCUAAUGAGACUGUCGUCGCACAGCUGACCCGGCAGGGACUGCUUCAGGGGUCCCAUUAAAGAGAAGUAAAUCAGGAUCCCUCUCGUCAUUAGAGGAGUUUCCCGCUGAGCUGCUGUCAUUCAUGACUAAGUGGUGAGGUAACAUCAGAGCUUCCCGAGCCUGCAAACCUGAGGGCAUCUGGAGAGUCCAGGAGAACCAGCUUGUCGUCUAUCCAUCUCACAGUUCCUGAGAAUCAGAGAAAAGUCUCCCUGACUCUGGAGAGGUUGGGUGUCCGUCAGAGCCGUCACCAGCGCCAGCCUGCCUUUGUUGUGGUACUCGGCCGCAGUUUCCUUCUUCAGACAACGUGGCUCGGUCAGGUUAAGGAACUUUAUCGCUGCUCUUUGUUUAUUUGUGAGCUCAAAGUACCACUCCAUCACGUCAUCGUCGGGAAAACUCUCGGGGAAGUUUGGAGAAAGCAACUCAGAGGAAUAUGUUCCAUGUGACAAAGAUAAUGUAACUUUGGCAAGAGCUAAAAAAGAACAAAAGACAACGCCAUUUAGAUACGAGACAAGAUGGAGAAGAUUGUAUCAAGUAGCUAACUUACAUUUGAUGUCCUCUCCAACAGACACAGUAAAAUAGUCACUUUGGACCUCCAGGCCUGGUGGGACAUCCAAAGAGAAGCUACCCUGGUUUAGAAUUUGAAUACUUCUGAUAGGGCCCGUUGUGCAGUAUUUGCCAAUGACCACACUGCCUGUCUGCUGAAAGGCCUUGAAGGUGUAAGUGUGCAUAUCUGGACACUUUUCAGAUGGAGGAAUUUGUCUCAUGCCUGUCUCUGGGAAGUCCACUUGGACUGACUUUGGUCCAGAGGCCUUCAGGUUCCAUGUGAACCUACGGUGGAAAUCCAACCACAAUGUGCUGACUGGAACCGACCACCAACCGCAUUCCUCAAUGGAUGGGGGCAAAAGAAUUGCACUGAAACAGGGUUGCCGACUUUCAACAAUAGUGCCUCUUCACAAUUUUGCCUUCCCUCGGUGCACACUUUGCAUGAUGAGCCUUUGGCCAGCCUGCUGAUGUUGACAGUGGUACUUCCAUCAUGGAUGAACAUAAAUGACUGGAUUCCUG